GGGCCGUGACCUCCGAGGGGCGGGAAGGCGAGUAGUUCGCUUCGCUUGGCCUGACUGAGAGGCCGGCAGGGCGGGGAAUGGGCUCCCACAGGCACCAGGCGGCCCUGCGGCUGUACGACUGUCUGCUGCAAGUAUAUAACGAAGGAAACAAAGGUAUCCCCAAAGACCCAUUUCCGUUUGAGGCUGAUGUCCAAGUACAUUUGAUUGGUGAGGGUUGCAGAAGUCCCUUAGAAAGCUUUUGGAAUGGAAACAGUAUGAUAUUCAUUAUGCAGAAAGCAGGACAUGCUGAACGAACUGACAAAAUGGAAGAAUCACAAAGAGAUGAUGCCACUUACAUUUUGGAGUUUACGCCACAGAAGGGUUCUGGACCAGUUGCUCUAUCUGUUACAAGAGGAAAGCAACUGAUUUCACUCUAUACACUGGCACAAAAUCCAAACAUGACCCAUUUGAAGAUAAGCAAACCAGUUGUGCUUCCUCCCCUGUGGGUAAGAUGUGACAGCUCUGACCCUGAACAUACCUGUUGGCUAGGUGCUGAGCCUCUCAAAAAUGGGAACAAAAUCACAGGGAUCAGUUUCCAUGUAGUUACAUGUAAUGGUCCUACAGCUGACAAAACCUGUUUUGCAAAUCUAGAAGACCUCAAAAAGGCACACAAAUUCAGACAUCGCUCAUCUAUUGUGGCAACCAAAGGCUUUGCUCAAUAUGAGCUCAUUCGAUCCACUACAUUGGAGGAUACAGUGGUUGAAUCAGAGAGUAAUAUAUAUGUUGAUAUUACGUGGAAUAUUGUCGAUAAGAUUCUGCAGACACCUCCACUCACUGCAGCGGCGACACUGAACAUUAGAUUGGAAUCUGGGGACCCCAGAAGUCCUGUGUUCCAGUUGCAUAGAGAAUUGCAGUUUCUCCUUGUUUUGGCUGAAGGCUUGAAGACUGGUGUGACUGACUGGCCUGAGCCUUUGGUAGCUGAAUCAGCGGUUGAGCUUGUCAAGGAACUUCUGAAUGAUUUAAAGAAUAAACUGGAUGGGUUUAAUACAUCAGUACAUAAAAAUGAUGCAGAGAAAGUCCAAUGUGACUCUGCUGCAGUCGACAGUUCAAUAAAAUCACUUUUUAAUGAGCGAGGGGACCUGGAUUUUGCUGAACAGUUGUGGUGCAAAAUGAGAAGGAGUGUCGCUUCCUAUCAAGACUUGGUAGAGUGUUUCACACUGAUCAUAAAAUCGCUAGAAUAUGGUGAGAUACAGCCUUGGAUUCAUCAAGGGAGUAGCAGUUUACUAAGCAAACUGAUUCAACAAUCCUAUCAUGGAGCUAUGGAGGCUAUUUCCCUCAGUGGUGUCACUCCAAUUCAAAUGCUUCUGGAGAUUGGUCUGGACAAAAUGAAGAAAGAUUAUGUCAGUUGUUUCAUAGGCCAAGAACUUGCAACAUUAACCUAUCUGGACUACUUCAUUUCCACAUCAGUAGAGCUACAAGAGCAGGUUCAUCGCAUUCAGAAACUUCAUCAUAUGCUGGAAAUAUUGGUCAGCUGCACAGUCUUUCUUCACUUCAAACAUGAGAACCUCUUCCCUUUGAUGCAGUCCUGCAUAAAAUAUUACAAAGAAAAUCCUCUGAAUGAGAAACAUGUGUUUCAGCUACCAAUCAGACCAGCUGUUGUCAAUAAGUUCUAUCAAAAUGAUCAUACACAAAUAUGGAGGGUGGAAAUAAAUAGUGGACAUGGUCAGAAGGAGGUUAAAACGGUAUGGCAGCUUAGUACUAGUCCUCCUGUUGAACAUAUGACUUCGAACAACCUAGAACUACUUUGUGAUACAACAGUUAAUGGAAACACCGAAGAAAGUAUGUAUUUUAUUACCAUGGCUAACUGCAGUCAGGUGCAUUUUGCAUAAAAGAAUGCUGUUGUACAGAUAGACGCUUAGAAGGUACAGUAAAUGGAAAAUAUUGUCAGCAUAUCUGCUUUCCCAAGUAUAUCUAAAUAUAUUUUAUGGUUGGAAGACUGAUACCCUAUAUUUGGUAGUUAUUUGCUGUCAUGUGUUGAAGUUAGAAUCCGCAUAGGCCUAUAAUUUAACAGUAUGUGUACAGUUUGUUUAAAUACUCUGUAACAUGCAGUUAUUUUUUAAAAUUAUAUGAAAUGUAAUUGCUUUAAAAAUAAUUUUGAUAGUUUAUAAAUUGUGAAUAUUCUACUUUACGUUGUUUUAAUUUUAUUUUUUAUUGCUUAUUGUACAAUGUAGCUGAUCAAGAGCAAACAGUGUUAUAAAAUCUUUGCUGGUGUCGCAUGAUGUUGCAUCAGUAAGACAUAUUUGGAGAGAUGCUCUUCCAGUGCCAUAUAAACUUUGUAAAAGAAUUUCAGUUUUCUUUAGCCCUAUAUUUAUAUUUUAGACUUGUUCUUCUCAUCCAGCCCAAAUUCAGCAUGCCUUCAAAUCCAAAUAAUUGAUUUUAAUCACUUUUUUCAUUUGUACUUUUGAGUUACUUUCAUAAAGAACAUUCGUAUAACUAUUAAAACAUGUUGAUUUGAUUAUUUACAGUUAAAUAUAGCCUUUAUGUUAGAUUUGGUACCACAUUUUGCUAGGAGGAUGUACAUUUAUCUAAUUAUGUAGCAUAACAUACAUUUAUUCAGUAAUUUGAGGUUAAGAAACUGUAAGAUUUGGAAAAAAGUAACUGCCAGCAUUCAUCCCAUUGUCAAAAAUGAAAAUUUAUAUAGAUUGUACCAUAUUAUUAAGUUUGACCCCAAAAUGUAGUUAAAUAUGUUUUCUCCCUGAUUUUAUAUGCCAAAAAAGCAGCCUUUAUAGUUUGAAAAGGGCUCAUUGCAUCAGUGUAUGAGA